UGUUUUUGGCGGAGGAUGCUCUCCCUUUCUCCUCCUCGGGUCGCCCUGUUGUCCGCCCUCGUGGCCGCCGCCCUAGCCCGCCCCGACAACCCACCACCCUCUUACGGCCCCCCCGCUCCCUCCUACCACGCCCCCGCGCCCUCCUACCACGCCCCUUCCCCCGACGCGCCGCCCAAGUACGACUUCAACUACGCCGUCAAGGACGAAUACUCGAGUAACGACUUCGGUGCCCAGGAGGCCCGCGACGGCUACAACACCCAAGGUUCCUACUAUGUCCUCCUCCCCGACGGCCGCCUCCAGCGCGUCUCCUACACCGUCAACGGCGACUCCGGCUUCGUGGCCGACGUCACCUACGAGGGCGAAGCCCAGUAUCCCCAGCAGAGCUACGGCGCCCCCGCCCCAUCCUACGGCAAACCCGCUCCCUCCUAUGGCACCCCUGCCCCCUCCUACCAGUAAUGUCCAAGCAGAGCUACGGCAACUCCUUGACGUCCUCCUAUGAAACCCAGACAGCUUCCUACGGCACCCAUGUCCACUCCUACGCCGCCCCAGCCCUUCUACGGGUCAGCUCUUAUCCUCCAGCCACCUGGUGACGCUGUGGUUUCAUUUGUGACGGCUAUUUAUUAAACGAUAUAUGAUCUCU